CAGAAGUAAUAUAUCCAUUGACUUCCGUUGUAUUCUGCCUCCAAAUUUGGGCAGAUCUUCAAACACGAUCGAUCCUGCAUACUGUCGAUGCUCAUGUAGGUCGACGGUCGCAGCAUAUCUCUUCUUAACAAUCGUUCAACAAGCAUUACUUUUAUUUGAAGAACGGAGGCAUUUCGAUUCCAUUUCUAUUUGUCUUAUCAUAUCCACCGCGCAAGGUUCUCAAGGCGGCUCUGGCGAGGAUAUUGCUAAAUUAACUACGAAUUCGUCAAUGACUUGUAGAAAAAGAAACUUCUCAGCUUGUUGAGUUUCGAAUCAUCUGUUUGGAGAAUCAUUAAUGAUAAUAUGAGGGACUUGGAAGUAAUGAGACGACUUGUAUUCCUACUGAUCAGUGUUUGGUCAGUUCUUGGCAAUGAGACCAUGACUGAAGCAACGGAUUGUUUGGCGGACCUUGAUAGUAAUAAGCUUGGUGAGCUUUCCUUUAAGGAAGAGACUACGAGCCAGGUGUUCUCCGAUGAGUGCCAUUACCGUGUUCUCCAGUGUGAGAGCUUUAAUUUCUGUAAUAUACAGUGGUUCUUCAAUGGCAUCCCGUACGACUCCUGGAGUUUGGGCAACAACUCCGACACCAAGUAUAAGCUAGAGCACAGCAACCAGACGCUCAUUUUCCUUUCCACAGAUGUCGACGCUGGAGGAACAUACACUUGCGUGGUGUCGAAUGGUGUGAGGAACAUUACUCGAAGUAUCAACAUGAGUAUCGAAAUUAGCAGCUUGGUUUGGAGAGCUAUACCGCUAUCUUGUGGAACACAAAAAAAAUACGGAACCGAUCUUAUUGCAGCAUGUGAUAUCUUUAGAGCUUUCUUGGCAAAGGAAUCUCUAUACCACCACACCAUCAGAAUCAUGUGGCCCAGACUUCUUGACAUGGAGGAGAAGGAGUGUUGGAGUGUAUUGCGGAGGCUUGAACUAGAGGCCUACUCAUCGGUCAUAAGUGCCUUCAGAGCCCAGGGAGAUCUCACCCCAGAAAAGAAAAGUCUGCUGAGAAGUGUUGCUUCGACCCUGAGUAUAUCAACUGAGAGACACAAAGCUGAAGUUCGGAGGGCUGUGAACGAUGAGAAACUAACCACAAUAGCUGAGAGGUAA